AUGCUUUGUUCUUUAAUAUGGAGCCAAAAAAAAAAAAAAUCAAAUGUGAGCUUCCUCUCUGAGGUGCUUUUGGAGGCUGGAAAAUCUGGAUUGCUGCAGGCAUGCCGUGCUGGGCCUCGAGCUGGCCGGGGCUGGGGCCUCACGUCCCAUCCGCUGCCAAUGUCCAGCAUCACGUGGUCUUCAUAUACCAAGCCAGAAAGUCGCGUGGAGAACAAAAUGCCCCCUCAGCGCCUCCCAGGAAGUGGGUGUGUGGAGAUGAGGGAGGCAGGCAGCCCUGGUAUAGCUGGGGGUUUGGUUUCUUCAACAGAGUGUGUGUGUGUGUGUGAAUAUCCUAGGUUGCUCUCACUCACACUUCCUGGCCUUGCACCACUGGCUUAG